UGACAGCUAGUCCAGCUGAUACCGACAGAAACGUUUUAAUUUACAACCUGCCAAGAAUAUACGUAGUGAUAAGAGCCAAUCCAGAGUUUAUGCGCCCUCAUUAGUGCGGACACAACAACUUGAUUACACCAUUAAUCUUUUACAAAGAUACUAAAUUACAUAAAUAUCUGUUCUGUCAGUACUCUUUGCUCUUAAACAGUUCGUAUAUAAACUUAAUUGCACAUAAAAAUAGCGUAAGGUAAAUGAGUAUGACCUCAGUUGAUUGUAUUGUGGUGUUACAGAAGUUUGAUGCAUCGUGCCUCAGUACCGCACUCUCGACUGACCUGUGCACACGUGUGUUUGGUUCAAAUAUUGAAUAAUUCGUGAUGGAAAAGAACGGUUUGUCGUUUUUAGACAAAGUGUUAGAAUUGGUAAAGGAGGAUAGAGCUGAAAGUGUGCCGCUUGUUCAAUUUAAAAAUCCCAAGGAAUUGGAGGGAAUAUUAGAUCUUGACGUAACUGAAGGUGUAAAUGACAAGAGGUUAGAGCAAUGCGUCCGAGAUGUCUUGCAGUACAGCGUCAAGACACACAAGGCUACCUUCAGGAACCAGUUGUUCUGCGGCACGGACCCUUACGGCCUGGCUGGGGCAUGGAUCACAGAAGCUUGUAAUACUAGUCAAUAUACGUUUGAAGUAGCCCCAGUAUUCACCCUGAUAGAGCAAAAAGUUUUGGGCCAUAUCCUCAAAUUGUUCGGGAUCCCUGAUGGCGACGGCAUCUUUACUCCGGGAGGCAGUAUUGCAAUACUGUACGGUAUUGUCGCUGCGAGAUACAAAGCCUUUCCCGAUAUUAAGGCUAAAGGGAUGAGGAAUCUGCCGGAGAUGAUUAUAUUUACUUCCGAGGAUAGUCACUACUCCAUAAAGAAGGCAGCCCAUUGGCUCGGCUUUGGGACUGACAGUAUACGAAUCAUUCCGACCAACGCCGAUGGCCAGAUUCUCGUAUCACAGCUAGACGAAACCAUACAAAAGGAGAAAGAUCUUGGAAGGUACCCACUGAUAGUGAACGGAACGGCAGGAACCACUGUGCUGGGAGCUAUUGACGAUCUGGAGGGAGUAGCUGAUGUGUGCAAGAAAUAUGGCGUGUGGUUGCACGUCGAUGCUUGUUGGGGAGGCAGUCUAAUGUUAUCGCCUAAAUAUAAACACAAGCUUGAAGGAAUUGAAAGAGCCAACUCAAUAUCGUGGAAUCCGCACAAGAUGGCAGGAGCUCCUCUGCAAUGUUCAGUAUUCAUGGUUCGUGAUAAGGGUCUGCUGCACGAAGCCAACUCCGCAGCAGCGCAGUACCUGUUCCAGCAGGAUAAGUUCUACGAUGUGUCCUAUGAUACUGGGGAUAAGAGUGUCCAAUGUGGAAGAAAGAUCGACGCUUUCAAACUCUGGAUGAUGUGGAAAGCUCGUGGUGACGUCGGUCUCAGUCAACUCGCUGACCAGACCAUGGCGACCGCUCAGUUCUGCAUGGAGACAGUCGCCAAGAGACCUGGCUUCAAACUGGUGUCUGAAGUACUGCAGUGCCCAAAUGUCUGCUUCUGGUACAUACCAACCUUCAUGAGGGGGAAGGAUCAGGAUGAGAAGUGGUGGCAGAUUAUGCAUAAGAUUACUCCAAAAAUCAAAGAACUGCUGACAUUGAACUCGCAGCUGAUGGUAGCGUACUCACCAGUCCGCCAAUACAAGAACUUCUUCCGCCUAGCUUUCACUUUCCACCCUAAAGUGGAUAAGGAUCAGGUGUUAUCCAUGCUGGCAUCCAUCGAGAAAUGUGGGGAGUCGGUAACCUUAGCCAUGUUAUGAUACUUAUAAAAUGUACACUUAAUAAUAAUCUUGUCAAAGGGAAUCUUUAUUUCGAAAAUUGCCUUGUCAAAAGCGUAGAAGAUGAGGAGGAAAAUAUAGAAAGAGUGCUACCGUUUGAGAAGUUGCAUACUUGAGGUUAAGUUUAAUGAACGUAAUCAUGUUAUUUAGUUUAAGUGUAUUGUAUAUACCUAUUAUAAUCAAUAUGAC